ACUACUAUUUAUAACCAAAAACGUAGGAAAACUAUGCCACAACGCUCAAUUGAGCGUUGGUUUUUCAUCGCAACUUUGGCGGCAUGGAACGUUAUAAGUGGUUGCGGGUUCUACGCCUACGUUCUGGAUAGUUAUGUAAAUUAUCCAACUGAUCACCAGAGAAGGAAGUUCAAAUAUCACACUUUUGCCGGAACUAUUGACAGAGAUAUAGUUAUUGGAACUACUAUCGUAAUGCUAUGCCAGAUAGUAGCAUCGAUUCUACUGUGCUUUGCAUUGAAUCAGAAAAAAAGAAUAUGUCUCAUUUACGGAAUUUUCAUGAGCAUGAUUUUUCCGUGUGCUUGUCUUCCGGUUUGGCCUUUAGCUGUCGCACAUGUCACCCUUGUUUUGAUAGUACUGAGUUAUUACUUUGAGUAAUUUGAAAAUUGUAAAAAUGGUAUUUUAAAAUUGUAAGUUUCCUGCAAACGAUUUAGUUUGGUCCCAAACCUAUUCAAUAAAUU